AUCUCCCUUGACGCCUCCGGCGAUCGACUGUUCCCACAACUCCAGACCGUUCCGUUCCGUUCCGUCUCGUCUCGUCUCGAGUCCCAAGAUCCAAUCUUUCUCCGCCACUUCACUUUGAAUAUCGAAAGAAAUUCAGAUUUCCAUCUUCUAUGCACUCCGAUCGAAUCCGAAGCCAAUCGCACCUCGCAAAGACCUCAUUCCCGGCGCUAAUUUUGGGGUCCAAAGCUGCCAAAUAUUUGUCGCCGUCUGCUGCUCCGGCGGCGAUGCCCUUGCAGUAGCCGAGGGAUCCGACGAUGUCGCUCGCGUGCGGCAUCCCCAUCCUCGAGUGCGUCUACUGCCUUGCAUGCGCGCGCUGGGUAUGGAAGCGCUGCCUCCACAACGCCGGCCACGACAGCGAUACCUGGGGCCUCGCCUCCGUCGAGGAGUUCGAGCCCGUGCCACGACUCUGCCGCUACAUCCUCGCCAACUACGAGGACGACCUCGAGACCCCCUCCCUGGGGCUGCCCGGCGGCUGCCCCGUUGACCCGGCCUUGGUGGUGCGCAGAAAAAAGUACCGGGACACCCGCGGCCGCGCGCCGCCUUACCUGAUCUACCUAGAUCACGAUCACUCCGACGUGGUGCUCGCGGUCAGGGGCCUGAACAUGGCCAAGGAAAGUGAUUACGCCGUCUUGUUGGACAACAGUUUGGGGAAGAGGAAAUUUGAUGGGGGUUAUGUUCACAAUGGGCUGCUGAAAGCAGCGGCGUGGGUUUUGGAUGCUGAAUGUGAUGUCCUGAGAGAGUUGAUGGAGAAGUAUCCAAACUAUACCCUUACUUUUGCAGGCCAUUCUCUGGGGUCUGGUGUUGCUGCAAUGCUCGCUUUGGUGGUUGUUCUGAACAGGGACAAGUUGGGGAAUGUCGAUAGGAAGAGGAUCAGAUGCUAUGCUAUUGCUCCUGCAAGGUGUAUGUCUCUUAAUUUGGCUGUUCGAUAUGCUGACAUUAUCAACUCAGUUGUGCUCCAGGAUGAUUUUUUGCCUAGGACAGCUACUCCAUUGGAAGACAUUUUCAAGUCUCUCUUCUGCCUGCCUUGCCUGCUCUGUUUAAGGUGUAUGAGGGACACAUGCAUUCCAGAAGAGGUGAUGCUAAGAGAUCCACGGAGGCUCUAUGCACCUGGUCGGCUGUAUCAUAUCGUUGAGAGAAAACCAUUCCGGUUUGGAAGAUAUCCACCGGUUGUUCGAACUGCAGUGCCCGUCGAUGGGAGAUUCGAACACAUCGUCCUUUCCUGCAAUGCUACUUCUGAUCAUGCUAUACUCUGGAUAGAGAGGGAAGCCCAGAACGCCUUAGAGUUGAUGCUGCAGGAGGAUAAGAUCAUGGAGAUCCCGCCGAAGCAGAGGAUGGAGAGGCAGCAAACUCUAGCCAAAGAUCACAGCGAGGAGCACAAAGCAGCCUUGAGAAGGGCAGUCACAUUGUCUGUUCCAGACGCCUUUUCGCCAACAGCAUACGGUACAUUUGAUGAUAAAGCUAGCGAUGCAACUGAUGAUUCUACUUCUUUGUCCACUAAGAGCCGGCUGAAAAUGAGCUGGCACGAGCUGGUUGAGCGAAUUUUGGACAAGGAUGAUUCUGGGCACAGGGUGCUUCGCAGAUCGGCAUCCAACAGCUGAUGCUUUUUAUUGUCAAUUUUUUGUUCGACAUUGGUUUUCUUUCGGUCCAGAUGGUGUUUACUGGUUAAUAUGCUUCCAGAUUUGUGUAUUUAUCUCUCAGUCUUCAGUGUGGUUAUCCUUAAUAAAUUUAGAAUCUAUUGUUAUUGUUGAUUAUGAUACAUUAGUGAUGUGUUUCAAGCUCGGCAGUUGGCUUUGAAUAAAAGAAAUUGUAUUUUGCCCGUCUUA